CGAUCGCAGCCGCUCUAGGCUGCGCGGCUUGUUUGCCCUCAGCCCCACCCCCUGGAGCACGUGGCACUGGGAGCUAGCUCCCAUUGGCCCGGCUCCGUCUCGGAGGCGGGGCUAGCAGCAGUGAACCGGCAGCAGGCCUGUGCCGGCUCAGUCCUUCCCUGACCGAGCAGAAGGAAGGACGUGCUGCUGCUCGGCUUCGGGGCCUCCACGUGGCUGGCUGGGUACCCGAAUCGGAAGCCGGAGCAGGAGGCCCAUGGGAGUGGAACGUCGGGGAGCAGUGCAGCGGCCCUUCGAGCGAGCAGCGGAUUGGAGCGGCUGGGCGGCCAGGGCCUCUGUAGCCCGGCCGCCUGUGGUAACGGGCUCUGGGGGGAUCACAGGAGAGGCUUUUAAGUCCUCCUCGGAACGGCCUUUGAUCUUCGGGCCUCUCCACACAAGGGCUUCUAGGCCCCGGCAGGCCCAAGCUGCCCAGCAUCGAGUGAGGGCAGCAGGCCGCCCCAGGCCCUCAGUAGGCCGCACCAGGCCUUCAGCGGGGGGGCAAUUGACUAACCCGGUCAUCUGGGGGAGGGUUGAUUGGACGUUGGGGGUGUUGGCUUGAACUGUGUGAACCCCUUCAACCCAGGGCCCAUUUAGGCCUUCUGCUAAGGGCGGCCUUUGCCUUUAUUGUCGGGCCUGUAGGGCCUAACCCCCCCCCCACACACCCAUUUUGGGGGCCUGCAUUGACUAGGCCUCCCUGGUGGGCUCGUGGGCCUCCCCUGCCGGGCCUAAGCUUCAUUUGGGGGCCUUUCAGUGGGGCUGGGCCUUACCACGGCUAGGUGGGGCAGGCGCUGUGACUCAUAGGCCUUCCUUGCCAGCGUAGGCCUCAGUCAGCCUUGCGCCGGCCAGGUCACUCGUUUACGCACUUGAGGGCAGGGUACAGGCCCAUAAGCUUCAUCCUUUGGGACAUGGGCCCUAAGAAAGCCCCAGUUAAGAAAGCCCCAGUUAAAAAGGGUGGGAAGGCUCCAGCCAAGAAGGGUGGCAAGCCAACGCGGCCACCUAAGAGGCCAAACGCACCCGCCGAAUCCUCCUCCGACGAUGAGGGCGAUUUGGAACUGGGUGCCAUCAGGGCGUUUAUAGCACGGCUGCAGGCCCUUGAGAGGCAGCGCACCACUCUAGAGGGCGACGAGGCGGGCGGGGGGCCUUCGGGGGUGCCCCCACAUGCAAAAAAGUCAAACAGGGCGGAAAAGAAGGCAAAACUAAUGCAGGGCUUUGCUGACCGUCUAGCAGCUUUGGAGGCGGCGGCGGGAACUGCCCACGAGGAACCAGCGGGGAUCACGACACAACCGGCGGACUCAGGACCAGGAGACGGCAGGGACGACAAUGAUGCAGCGCUUCCGGAAGCUGGCACCUGGAGCCGCCAAGGAGCCCGAGCAGGUGCCCGAAUGGUUGUGGAACCUUGGGAUGUAGAGGCGUUUAGGGCCAUCCAAGCCUCCAUAGCGCCCAGGACACGGGUUGCCUACGACAAAAGGGUCAGGGCCUUUCUGCAGUUUAGAGCUCAGGUAGGAUUGGUCCAUGUGUGGCCUGUGCCGCCGGAACAGCUGAUGCAGUACCUGGUGCACCUCCGUGCCCAGGGGCUGGCGGUGAGCACCAUGGCCGGCCAUUUGGCUGCGCUGGCUUUCUUUGGGAAAGCAAGGGGCCUCCCCGACCAUUCUGGGGACUUCAGGGUCCGGCGCAUGCUGGAGGGCUGGGCGAGGGAGACGCCCGUGCAACCUGACCGACGUAGGCCGGUCACCCCAGAGGCGCUGCAGCUGGCACUGCGGCAACUUGCUGGGGUUUGUGCGUCUCCUUAUGAGGAGGUCCUGUUCAGGGCGGCAGCCUUGGUUGCUUUCUUCGGGGCCUUUAGGGUUGGAGAGAUGUUCCCCAGGAGCAGGCGCGGCCCCACGAGUAGGGUACUUCAAUUCAGUGACCUCACCGUGGGUGCUUCCCGGGUGGUACUGCACCUUAGGUUUUCAAAAACAGAUCAGAGAGGCAAGGGGCAGAGUGUCGCGCUGCAUGCCGCUGGCGACCCGGGCUUGUGCCCAGUCCGUGCACUGGAGGACUACACGGAGGCCAGGGGUUCAGCUAUGGGGUGCCUCUUUAUCCACGCUAAUGGGCGCCACGUGACCCAAUUCCAGUUUUGGGCGGUGAUGAGGAGAGCCUUUGUGGCGGCGGGGGUGCCUACCCAGGAUCUGGCCCCCCACUCCUUUCGGAUUGGGGCGGCUUCCAUGGCUGCUCGGAUGGGUUAUUCGGGCCCGGAAAUCCGGCGGCUGGGCAGGUGGCGGUCAGCGGCUUACCGCCGAUACGUGCGGUAGAUGGGCGCAUAAAUUCUGCCCCACCCCACCCCCACCCACGAACCAUUUAUUUGUGCCACUCCUAACGCUUUCUCCUCUUGCGCAGGGCCUCAGUCGGCUGGGCCGAGGGCGGCCGGGCAGCGCGCAAGAGUCCUCAUACUGGGCCAUUCCUUCAUUUUCUGGGCACGCAAGUGGGCGCAGAGCGCCGACCCUGGAACCCAGCUUGGUUUGGGGCGUUGGGCCACUGUGGAGUGGCUUGGCCGGCGGGGCAUGCGGAGGGCCCAGUUCCUGCCGAUGCUGCACGAGUUCCUGGAAGGGAAUCCUGUCCCGGAUGUCCUGCUGCUGCAUUUUGGAGGCAACGACCUGGUGGACCAGUCUGGCAUUUCGCUCUCAAGACAGAUUGCCCAGGACCUGGUGGUCGCCCUCUCCUGGUGCCCGGGGCUGGUGGUCAUCUGGUCUGACAUCACUCAGCGGCGAGUCUGGAGGGGGGCGGUGAAGCAGAACAAGGUAGAUAGGGCUAGGCGCGGGGUGAACGCGGCCAUGGCGCGCUUCAUCGCCUCAAAGGGGGGUGGGUGCAUCCCACACAACGACAUCGCGUUCUCGCUCCCCCAGUUAUUCAGGGGUGAUGGGGUGCACUUGUCCCCCCUUGGUAUGAGGUAUUUCUUAGACGAUCUGCGGCUGGGGUUGGCAACAGUGCUGUUAGGCCUGUGGGGUGGCGGGGCGUCAAGCUAGGCUGACGCCCGCUGUGGCGGGCACAGUGCGGAGGUGAGCGGCUGAUGCGGUGCGGCACCUUAGGUAAGCUUUAGCUGUAAGGUGGAGGGGCAGAUCCCUUGAGGCUUUACAGAUCAGGGAUGCUGCCUUGCUCCCACCUCCCUGCAACCGACACCCUUCCGUAUGGCUUUACAGCGUCGGACAGGUGAUGUAAAUUGCAGGGUCCUGACCUUAGGUCGGCAACGAAGGGCGCCCCCUUCUGGAAGGUGGGCCGCCUGGAGCCGAGGUGUCUGUGCCAUGAGAUUCUAGGGCGGGGGUGGCCACGUGGUGCCCCCCCCAUCCGAGCCCGCACUGUUGCUGCUCUGAAUGCCAACCCCAGCUGCCGUGCCUGUGCAGGCACUGUCUUAAAACCUUGUACCCCUAAUAAAGUGACCAGUUCCUCCAUAAUACUUCUGUGUCCGUGUCUCCUUGGGUCUGGGUGCAAGCCAGCCGAUCGCAGCCGCUCUAGGCUGCGCGGCUUGUUUGCCCUCAGCCCCACCCCCUGGAGCACGUGGCACUGGGAGCUAGCUCCCAUUGGCCCGGCUCCGUCUCGGAGGCGGGGCUAGCAGCAGUGAACCGGCAGCAGGCCUGUGCCGGCUCAGUCCUUCCCUGACCGAGCACCCUCCCUCCCUCCCUCUGGCAUAGGUUGGGCUUUGCUGGUCGCCGUUUGGGGCCGGGCAGGAAUUUUUUGGGUAUACGCUUGAUUGGCCUUAGCGUGCACCUUUUUUCGCCUGCCUCAACCUAUACCAGUUAGUAGCAAGGUUGCUUAGCAGGAUUGAUUAGUUAGCCAGGGAAUAGCUUGUGGUCACUUUUACCACGGGGUUAGCGGGCACAGUGCGGAGGUGAGCGGCUGAUGCGGUGCGGCACCUUAGGUAAGCUUUAGCUGUAAGGUGGAGGGGCAGAUCCCUUGAGGCUUUACAGAUCAGGGAUGCUGCCUUGCUCCCACCUCCCUGCAACCGACACCCUUCCGUAUGGCUUUACAGCGUCGGACAGGUGAUGUAAAUUGCAGGGUCCUGACCUUAGGUCGGCAACGAAGGGCGCCCCCUUCUGGAAGGUGGGCCGCCUGGAGCCGAGGUGUCUGUGCCAUGAGAUUCUAGGGCGGGGGUGGCCACGUGGUGCCCCCCCCAUCCGAGCCCGCACUGUUGCUGCUCUGAAUGCCAACCCCAGCUGCCGUGCCUGUGCAGGCACUGUCUUAAAACCUUGUACCCCUAAUAAAGUGACCAGUUCCUCCAUAAUA